CAACCGACGCGCCUCUUGAUAAACUAGAACAAACACAUUUACUCUACGCGCCUCCCCUAUUCUACUCCUACUACUAUACCUUCUUCAAAAAUAUUAGUAGUAAAUUUUAGCAGCUCAUUUUUUCUGUAAAAGCAAUUGCAAAUUUCAAAAGCAAUAAUUUUUAAAAUUUUCUAAGGGCUUUUUAGUCUUAAAAAUUUGUUUAUCUUUUUGUAUACUCCUUUUUUUCUCUGUGUGAAGUAAAAGCAAUUGAUUUUUUUGUUAGCUUUUAAGUAGAAAUUGUUACUCUUUUUUUUGUGCUUGGAUUUAUCAUAUUGGAGAAGUUAUCAAUUUCCGGUGAUUCAAUUAUAUUUGUGGACUUCAAACGCAGCUGGUUCUCUGGCUUUAGGGAAUGUCUGCUCUUAGUUAUUGAUUGACGUUGCUGGCUUAUUUGGAAGACGGGGAUGAAGCUAUCUGCACUCUUGACUUCUGCUGGAGUUAAUAUUGCAGUCUGUGUGGUGCUGUUCACUUUGUAUUCCUUAUUAAGGAAACAACCAACUUUUGUAAAUGUCUACUUUAGCCAGAGGUUUGCUCGGGUACGAACAAGACAGCUCGGUGGCUUUAACUUUGAGCGAUUUGUUCCUUCUCCUAGUUGGAUCUUAAAGGCAUGGGAAGCAUCUGAUGAAGAAAUAGUUGCUGCCGGGGGUUUGGAUGCAUUCGUGUUGGUGCGGAUGAUUGUUUUCAGUUGCCGAAUAUUCUCCAUUGCAACAACUCUAGGCCUUUUCCUCGUGGUGCCUCUUAAUUAUUUUGGUCAGGAUAUUCGGCGUCAGCAAAUUCCAGCCGAGUCUUUGGAGGUAUUCACCAUUGUGAACGUUGAGCCAGGGUCAAGAUGGUUCUGGGUUCACUGCCUCGCACUGUAUAUCAUAUCCUGUUCUGCUUGUCUUCUUCUUUUCUUUGAGUACAAGAGUAUCUCAAGGAAGCGACUGGCAUACUUCACUUCAUCACUUAACCGCCCAAGUUACUUCACAGUUCUGGUCCGUUCCAUCCCAAAGUCCAAGGAAGAAUCAUACAGUCAAACACUGGAAAAAUUCUUCAUGAAUUACUAUGCAUCAAGUUAUCUAUCUUAUCAAAUUAUCUAUCGGUCUGGUUCUGUUCAGAAACUGCUGACUGAUGCAGAGGAGGCGUUCAUGAUGCUUAGAACAACCCAAAAGGAGCUUUGUACUGGAUCAAAUUUUAUGAGAUGUGGCCUUUGUGGAGGAGCUACUACAUCUUUCAAGAUGAUUCCCUGUGAGCGUGAUCCUGAUAAAGGAGGAGAUGAUUGUAGUGGUUCAGAUUUGAGAAAAAAGGAAUCUGCAGCUGCUUUAGUUUUUUUCAGGAAUCGGUAUGCUGCUUUAGUUGCUUCGCAAGGGCUUCAAACUUCGAAUCCCAUGUCGUGGGUUACGGAUCUUGCUCCAGAACCAGAUGAUUUGUACUGGUCAAACAUUUGUGUUCCUUACAGACUCCUUUGGAUUCGUAAAAUUGCGCUUCUAGUGGCCUCUAUUCUUUUUGUGGCAUUUUUCCUUUUUCCUGUUUCACUAACACAAAGUCUCGUUCACCUUGACAAGCUGCAAAAGACAUUUCCAUUUCUUAGAGGAAUUUUAAAGAGAAAAGGAGUUCCUCAGCUUGCCACAGGAUAUCUACCAAGUGUUGUAUUAAUUCUAUUUUCCUACAUAGUUCCUCCAUUGAUGAUGCUAUUUUCUAAAAUGGAGGGCUCUAUCUCACGUAGUGGCAGGAAGAGGAGUGCAUGCAUAAAAGUUCUAUGUUUCUUCAUCUGGAAUGUUUUCUUUGGUAACAUUGUCUCCGGAUCUGUUAUUGACAGAUUAAACAAAAUUUUCAAGGAUGUAAACAAUCUGCUUUCAACGGCUGUGCCAUCAACGGCCACCUUCUUUAUGACCUACGUUUUGACCUCAGGCUGGGCAAGUCUAUCUGUUGAACUCUUGCAACCAUUUGGUCUCAUAUGCAGAUUGUUCUCCUGGUUUAUUCUGAGAAACAAGGAUCCUUCAUGUCAUGGAACACUGACUUUUCCAUACCAUACAGAAGUUCCAAGGAUCCUCCUAUUUGGCCUCUUUGGUUUUGCAUAUGCCAUUUUGUCACCUUUAAUACUGCCUCUCUUGGUAGUUUAUUUUUCCAUUGCUUACCUCGUAUAUCGUAAUCAGAUCCUCAAUGUAUAUGUGACAAAAUAUCAAACUGGUGGAACCUAUUGGCCUAUUGUGCACAACACAACAAUUUUCUCCAUGGUGCUGAUGCAAAUUAUAGCGUUGGCGGUCUUUGGAUUUAAAAAAUCUUCAUCCACAUCAAGCUUCACUAUUCCGUUGAUAAUCUGUACAUUACUCUUCCACGCGUACUGCAGGCAAAGGUUUGAACCAUUGUUCAAGGACCCUCCUGCUCAGAUCCUCAUUGAGAUGGAUAGACAGGACGAGGCAAGUGGGAAGAUGAAAGAGAUGUAUCAACAACUCACAUCAGCUUAUUGUCAGUUCAAAUCAACUUUAUUUGCACUGGGUAAAGCUGUUCCUGGAAAUGGAGGAGAGAACUUGAGUAUCCAUAAGGUUCAAGAUGUAGAAGACAUUAAUCCAGGGAAAAGUCCUUCGCAUCUUCCGCCAUCAUGUACAUCUAUUGAAAUUAAAAGUCCCCGUCUUCCUGUAUCACAUACAUCUUUGGAAAUAUCACCACAUGCAUCGUUGGAAAUUAAAAGUCCUCAUCUUCCAUCACCACAUACGUCUUUGGAAAUUAAAAGUCCUUCACAUCUUCCGUCAUCAAUUGCGUCAUUGGAAAUUAAAAGUCCUCCUCAUCUUUCUUCAUCACGCACAUCUUUGGAAAUUAAAAGUCCUCCUCAUCUUCCUUCAUCACGCAUGUCUUUGGAAAUUAACAGUCCUCAUCUUCCUUCAUCACGUACGUCAUUGGAAAUUAAAAAUCCUUCUCAUAGCCUUUCAUCAUCUAAGUCAUUGGAAAUUCCAAGUUCUCAUCUUCCUUCACCGCGUACGUCUUUGGAAAUUAGAAGUUCUCAUCUUCCUUCACCACAUGCACCUUCGGAAAUUAAAAGUCCUUAUCUUCCUUCUUGGGAUAUUAAAAGUCCUCUUCUUCCUUCACCAAGUGAAUCUUCGGAAACUAAAAGUCCUCAUCUUGCUUCACCACGUAAAUCUUCAGAAAUUAGAAAUCCUCUUCUUCCUUCACCACGUGAAUCUCUAGAACUUAAAACCCCUCGUCGUGCUUCACCUCGUAAAUCUUCUGAAAUUAGAAGUCCUCUUCUUCCUUCACCGUGUGAAUCUUUGGAAAUUAAAAGCCCUCCCCAUGCUUCACCUCGUAAAUCUUCCGAAUUUAGAAGUCCUCAUCUUCCUUCACAAGGUACAUCUUCGGAAACUGAAGAAUCACGUGGCAAGUAGAUGAAUCUUUUCUGUGCAUAUAUAUGCGGUGUUGGUGCUAUUUGUGCAUUUUUAUGACUGCCUAUCGUAUGGGCACGGUUGAUGUGUCGUGUGAACCGCCUCAUAAAGAGACUUCUUGGAAGUGUACAGGAUUAUACAUGUGAAAAAUGUCAUCUGAAGAGACUUCUUGAAGUGUACAGAACUUUGUUUGAUGGCUCUGAAGAUGCACAACUUACAAGAGUUGUUAUAGAUUGUUUUUAUAUUCCUCUAUAGAUGGUUCCAUGACUAUGGAAACCUGUGUUUGCUUGAUCUGAGUACAAUUUUGUUUCUUUAAACUUAAUGGCUGAAGUUGUAAUAGGCAAUACAAAGAACAAACACUAGAACACAAGAGAAGAUUGCAUCGAUUAAUAGUGUUAGAAAUGUGUCCGCGGAGACAAUUUGCAGCAUAAUUUUGGUUGUGGAUUAGGAAGGAUGAGUUUUAAGGUUUGGAGAAAAUUGAUUAUAGUGUGAUCAGGACCAAGGAUGUAGUGGAAAGAAUUCAUAGUGUUCUUUUUUAAGGAUGUUCU